AUGUUUGACAUUCUGGGUUAUCUCCUUAUAGGAAGGGAAACAAGAUCAGCGAGGGCCUACGAUGCUCCUGGAGGCGAGCCCAUGGGGGACCCAUUGUGGACUGUUACAAAAGGCAGCAAGGCGGAGACCCAAGGCACGGGGGAAACGGCCAGGGUUUUGCUCCAUAGAGCAAAAAAGACAGGAGCAAGGCCGGGGAAAACACGCAGCUGGCCUCGCAAGGGACCGACACCCAAAACGCCGGGGGACGAGCAGGGGCCCCGUGCCAGACCAACCGGCACUGACUCCUGGUCUGACAACCCAGAGAAUGGGACACGCACCAAGGAGGGGGAAAAUUCGGGACCAAGUCCUCGCCGCAAGCAUGGAUCGACGAACGGGCCCCAACAGGCCCCAAAGGUCCUGAACUGGCUGGGGCCAGGAGACCCCAAGCCUAGGGGCCCGCCCAGCAAAUGCACAAGAGCCGCCACAAGUGACCCAAGGACCAGAAGGAGGCAACACGCGGCAAAGGCAAGGGGCGGGGACCCAAAGCCAGGGUGCCCGCACGACUUGGCUAGGAGCGCGGGCCCCUACCAGCCAACAAGGGGGAAAAGGGGGGUGCAAGGGGCACAGCCGGCCUCAUCCCGAAGAACAGGGAAGAAGGGCGACAUACCCCACCCACACACAGCACCCGGACCAGUAGAGGCUGCCCAGGCCAAAACGGGGCGGAAUCCCCGAGCCCCAGGAUCUCCCAAGCGACCCCAGGCACCCAGUCAAACGCCCGGGGGGUCGAUGUAG